AUGGCAGACAUCGCGACUUCUGAGAUCCAGAUCUACGACCUCCCCACCAAGACCGUCAACUUGACGCCUAUGGGAGCGACCGUAGUUCGGGAGAUCACCACCAAGAUCCAACCUUUCCGACAGUCCGGCCUGAAUGAGAUUACGAUCCUGGGCCUCGACCCCAAGGUUGACGUCGACUCCAUUCGCAUCGAAGGCUCCGGUCCAGCAACCGUCACGGACAUCCAGACAGAAGUAGUCCCUCGACGGCUACUUUUCGAGGAUGUCUAUGGAGAGUCCGACAAUGACGAUCCUAGCGACAGUGAAGACCCCAAGUUGAAGUCGAUUCGGGAUGAGCGGACAAGUGCCGAGGAGAGGCUUGACAAGGCUCGCAACGAUGAAAACAUGGCAGUCCGGGUGCUGAGUCUCAUGGAUUCUUAUGGUAACAGAAUGCAGCCUCAGUACACAGAGAGCGACAAGUUUCAGGAUUUCCUCGAGCGCUACGUCGAACGAUAUACGAUAGAGAGUGAAAGGCACCGCAAGGCAAAGGCACAAGUGUUGAAGGAGGAGAAGGAGAUCGUCGGCCCAAUAUCAGACAAACUACUGAAGCUUGAAAUACAACAUCAGCGACGUCGUGACAAAAACCAGCGCGAGCGUGAGCAGGGAAAGUCGCAGGAGAUGCGCAAGAGACAGGAGCAACGUCAUUUCUGGACGUAUUCUGUGGGACAGGUCGUCGUGCAUCUUGACAGCCAGUCGCCAUUUACGCCCGGAUCGAGCCGACGCAGUUCUUUCUCCGUUGUUGAGCAGGCGGCCGACAGCCCAGCGGAUUCCAGUGAGAGAGAAGUCACUCUGCGCCUGAGCUACGUCGUGCCUGGCGCGAAGUGGUCCUCUCGCUAUGAGAUGAGCAUCAACACCCCUUCUUCAACCGCUCGAGUCACAUACGGCGCGGAGUUCCAGAACCGAAGUUCUGAAACCUGGAGUGAUACCAGAGUCACUCUAUCGACAUCGCAGACUGCGUUUUCCGGGCUUCACGAGACCAUUCCCUCUCUGCAGGUCUGGCACGUGAAGCUGAUCAAUCAAGAUGACAGCAACGAACAGCCUUCAUGGGAGAAGAUCGUUUGCAAUGUGUCUGAGGGAGGACGACCGACUGUCGACCCCCGCACUGCCAAACAAGAUUAUCAGAUGCAGCUACAAAUUAUGGAACAACAGAACAGAUACAGAUUCCAAAUAGCACGCCAUGAUCAAGAUACGCUGGCGCGAGAGGCACCGCAAACACCGCCACCACCCCCACAGCAGCCGCAGGUUGGAGAGACGAGCCUUUUUGGAACGGCAGCACCGCGACCCUUUGGGGGAAAUGUGCCAAACCCUUUUUCCUCGCCUGGCACGGGAUCGCUCCUUGGAGGAACAGCACCACAGGCGACGCCGGAGGGGCAAGCCGACCAGUUCGUCAGCCGGAUGCAGGCACAGUCCGCACCUAUAAAUAUGAUGCAGCAAGCCAUGCAGCAAGCCGCACCCAUGGCAGCAUCUGCACCUCCGCCCCCCCAAAAACUAGCGGCUCAUUCCUACGAGAAUAAUGACGGCAAUGACACCAACGACGAAAACAACGAAGAAAACUAUGACGACGGAAUCCCCGAGCCUCCCAACUUUGAAUACCAAGACUCGACCCGCCAAGAGUACGGCCUGACAACAACCUACGACCUCCCCGGCCGCCGCACCCUAACCCCCUCAAGCGUCAACCGGCGCCACGCCCUCGCCAAACUUGACCUCAAAUCCAUAACCCUCCAGCAUGUCAUUGUCCCGAAGCACCGUGCCGCAGCCUUCUUCCGCGCUCGCAUCCGUAAUACGUCAUCUAUCCAGAUCCUCCGUGGCAAAGUCGGUAUGACCGUCGACAACGCCUUCCUUGGGACAACGACCAUGCCCAACUGUGCGCCUAACGAUUUCUUCGAUAUUUCCCUUGGCGUGGACCCAUCGAUCCUGGUUACCUACGCGAAACCCACGGUGCGCCGUGAGACUAGCGGUUCUUUCUUCGGCAAGGAGGACACUGCGAUUUUCAGACGCAGCUGCUGGGUGAAGAAUACCAAGACCACUCCCGCGAAUAUCAUCGUGCUGGACCAGGUCCCUAUGAGCAAUGACGAGAAGCUACAGAUGAAUAUUUCGGAGCCGAAAGGACUGGCCAGGGAGGGUGAUAAGGUGGCUAUUGCGGUGGAGGAAACCAAGGGUAAAGGAGACGCGUUUUUGGGCAAGGACGGAGAGAUCAAGUGGGUUAUGCAAUUGGAGCCCGGGAAGGAUGUGAGAUUGGUGCUGGAGUAUGAGAUGAAGGCACCGAGGGGGAAUGAUGUUAGCGUAUCGUGA